AUGGCGGUCGAUUCUCGGCCUCAUACCCAGCUAGAUGCAGAGGCACAUCCACAAGCUCACAACAGCAAUUCACGGCCGAGUCCUUCCAGCUCUCUCCGAUGGCGCAGUCCACCGUCUCAGCCGGAUAAUUGGGUAAAGAGGAAAUGUGCAAUCUUUAUUGUAUUGGCCUUGGCAUGUUGGUCAUUCUAUGUAGUCGCAGGUCGGGUCUGUACGCCCAUGAUCCGUAGGUAUUCGCCUACGGGCUUAGGAAGGUCAACUGGAAUCGGAACUCUUGUCGGUUUCAUCAUCUUCUGGCUUCUCAUGACGAUCACGUAUUUGAGGAUGCUCUUCACGAGCCCAGGUCUUGCUCCCAAGCAUGUGGCCAAAUCCCCCGAACCAGAUCUUUCCGAAUAUCGCCUCGAAGAAUUUGCGCCCUCGUCAGCCUCCAACAGACCAUUCGAUGACUUUUCCGAUGGUCCAGAGCCAUCCGAGCUCGCACCGAUCGACGCAGAAGAGCGUAAGGGAUUGGCGAACGGUAGAAAGACCUGUACCGGCUGUCUUGCCCAACCUGAGAUGGUGUCGCCACUGCGAGAUCAUCAAGCCUCCUCGGACUCGUCAUUGCAGGCAUUGUGGAGUCUGUAUACUGCAAUACGAUCAUCAUUGCCUCUGGAUCGGACAAUGCGUUGGCUGGGGCAAUCACAAGGUAUGCAUGAAGGGAAAUAUCAGCACGCUGACUUUCAGUUCUUCAUCAUCUUCACGUUCUGGGGAGCGAUAUUCUGUGCAUACCUUAUGAGCCUUCUCAUUGCCGUUUCGGCCAAGUCGCCGGGCAUGGACGGUCAGGUUUUGGCUUUGAUAAUCCUAUCUGCUCUUUUUGGUCUCUUCACUUUCUCGAUGUGUGCGACACAUGUCAAUUUUAUCGUGACGGGAAGAACGACGGUCGAAUCUUAUUCUAGAAGGGAUCAGCAUGAUGCGGAAAGUCGGAUAUUGCAGCAAGAAUACGGAUACUUCUUCCACAAUAGCGAGAGAAGGAAGGUACAGAAGAGAUGGCGCGAAGAGUGGGGAAACACUCCGGUAGACGCUAGAUGGGUCUUUGGAACAAAGAGGGAAUUAUGGGAGCAGGAGAUGGGUAAGGAUCCUUUAGGGUGGAUACUGCCUAUCGGUAGGCCUUUGGGAGAUGGUCUACACUUUGAGAAUAAUCCACGCUUUGGUCCAAACGGGGAAUGGUUGAAGAAAAAAGAUUGGCCAAAGGAGUUACAGACAUAG